CGCAAAUUGGAUUGCUUUCGAAUCCUGUGCUUUUUGUUAAUCCUGGGUUCAUAUAUAAGAUAAUGAAAAAUUAUCACUUUUAAAACGUAAAAUGUCGCACAUUCCGUCAAUAGAUUACGUCAACAAUGCUGUUUGGAAUAUUCAGCCGGUCUUUGAUAAGUCGUCUUCACACGACCCUUCUACAUCACAUUCCGAAAGUUACGUCGUUAUUCCACAGAGCAAGCUAGAUUCUUCUAUCCGACUGAUACAUUCUGAAUUUGAAGUGAUGGGUUAUUCUAAAGUUUUAAGAGUAGAAAAUGGAGAGAUUCGAAUCAUUAUGAAUAAUUUAAUCGAUGGUGUCUUAAAGUUGAUUACAUCUUAUCAUAAAAGUUUAAAUAGUCGUGAAGAAACUGAAUUGAGUUUUAACCGUGUACAAUCAGAUUUAACUCAAGUGCAAAAACUUUAUCGAAGAUGUCAACAAAAUUUGGAAGAAACGCAAAGAUCGAACGAAUUAAUAAAAGAAAGAGAAAAACAAGCCUUAAAUGAAACAAAGCUACUUAAUGAUCGUUUAAAAUCUACCUCUAAUGAACUUCGUAAGAUUCAAUCAAAUUUCCAACGACAUGAAGUUCAGUUUUUACACGAACGUCGUAAGUUAGAGAAAGAAGCAACAGAUCUUCGGAAACGCUUAGCCACUUUAAUUGACAAAGCUACUCCCAACUGGAAUAAAGGACAAAAAACAAAUAGACCAUCUUGCUCGCCGACGGGUUUAUCAAUGUCACAAUGGUCUUUAUCAUCAGAAGUUGAUAAAAAACCUGAAUUACAAAAUAGAGAACCAUCCAGUUCCCGAAGAUUCGGAGUUUCAGUCCGAACAAAUUCUGGUUUAGUUAGUGCUAAAUUUGAAUCAAGUGCCCCAGUCAAUAAUGAUAACCUUAAUUCGCACAUCAAAGAUGAUUUGGAUUCCCAAGCUUCCAAGGCUGAUUUAUCUUCAUUAAUAGUUCAACAACUGGAAAGUCGUCAAAAUGACUUACUUUACGAAAAUCGUGAACUUCGAGAUCUUGUCGGUCAACUCUCUUCAAGAAUGAUUCGAUUCACUGAUUUUCUCCAACGUCAUUGUACUACAUGGGUACAGAAUAAUGACAAUGUAAUUCAUUCUAGUGAAUUCGAUGAUGAGUUUUUUUCACUUGAUGAAGAAGAUGAUGAUGAUGAUGGGUAUUUUAGACGAGAAUCAUCCGAUGAAGAUUAUUCAACUAUUCCUGUGCCGAAAGAAAAUGGUCGUCGGAAAUCAACAUUUGUUAAUAGUCUUUUAUUAGAAUUACCGUAUGCAUUAAUUCGUGAUGAUCUUACCAGACGUGUACGUUAUCUAUCUCGAUGUCUAUGGUGUAAAUUAAAAUGUUUAGCCAAACACUAUUUGAAAACAACAGCAUUAACAUCAGAGAAAGAUGUAACAGAAAAUGUUGUAAAUUCAGAAACCUUUAUUUUAGACCAUCCAACAUCUGGUAACGGAGAUAAUGAAAAUUCAUUUAAUGAAAAUAACCAAGUGGAAUUAUUAAAAAGUCAACUAGCUGAAGCGAAAUCUUCUUUGGCUAAUUGCAAGUCUGUAUUAAAAGAAAAAGAGUUGAUCAUAGAGCAUAUUUUAUUUUCAAGUCAUAAUUUGGACAAAUUAAAAUAUUUAAAUUUGAGCAAUUCAAAUCCGGAACUUGGUGGUAAAACUGAAACUCCAUUUGACAAACAUAAUAUUCCGUUAUUAUUGAAAGAGUCCAGUAUACAAAUUACAGAAAGAAAUCAACUGGACAGUACUUCUAAUUCAUCAGAUAAUUCACUCAAUUCUCCAGAGAUACCAGUUACUCCUGCCCGUACUAUUUUCACUCAGUCUCCCUUCCCAACUCGUGGUAUUAUACCGAGAAAAAAUAGAUCAUAAUUCCAGUCAAACAGGAUUGUUCGUCUGAUUCAUUGCUCAACAUUCAGUGAUCCAUUACCGUAAAUAACUACUAGAUCAAACAUCAAGCCUAUACACAUCAUUCGCUUAAAACAGUUUCAGAUUCAUACUUAUUUUCAUUGACAAUGUAGAUAUAUGCCUUUCGUUUUGUACUGUGUGAAAUAAGUUUCGCUUAUCACUAAAAAUAAUGUUUGAUCUUUUUUGAGCAGUGUAUUGUUUCAUUAUACAUUUU